AUGAAAUUUCCAACCAUACCUCUAACUGCCGCGCUGACGUUGGUUUCCGCAAAGGCGCCGCUCCACGCCCGCGACGACGGUACAGACAUUCCAAACAACUAUGUCGUGACGCUCAAGCAAUCCCUCGACACUACAAAAGUCAACAAGUUCUACAAAUCCCUCAGAGCCACGAGCUUUGGAAAGCCUCCGGGCACUGGUUAUCGCGGCAUCAUCAAUUCGUUUGACAAUGUCGAGUACAGCGCCGUUCAUAUCGAAUGUGAUGACAAGGUCAUUGAUGCUAUUCGAAACAACCCGUCCGUGGAAUCUGUUUACCAGGAUGGAUACGUGUAUGGUCAGCGUGUCAUCCCAGCGCCAGAAGUCGAACCCAGGGAUGACCAGAUCCAGACUACACCACCAUGGGGACUAAGCCGGAUAUCGCAUCGUGAAGCCGGGACGACAAACUAUAUCAGUCAAAAGAGUUUGCGCACAUAUCUCUACUGCCUUGACACUGGUGUCCGGAUCACGCACAAGGAGUUUGGAGGUCGUGCGAUUUGGGGAGCCAAUUUUAUCGACAACUCACCGAACACGGACGAGAAUGGCCAUGGAACGCACACUUGCGCUACAGCGGCAGGUAAUACAGUCGGCGUAGACAAUACCACCACUCCCAUCGCUGUCAAAUGUCUCGACAAGAAUUCUAGUGGGACAUGGUCUGGUAUCCUGGCAGCCAUCGACUGGGCCGUCGGCGACGCCAAAGCCCGCAAGGCCAUCACACGCUCCGUCAUCAACAUGUCGAUAGGUGGAACAACAUUUCAGCCCUUGGACGACCUCGUGAGCAACGCCACGGCCUCGGGCAUGAGCAUUAUCGUCGCGGCCUCCAACUACGGCGCGGACGCAUCGGGCUACUCUCCUGCCCGAGCGCCCGGCGCCAUCACCGUGGCCGCCGUCGACCAGGGAGACGCCCGGCCGCCGUGGUCCAACUACGGAACCAAUGUCGCCGUGUUUGCACCCGGGGUGGACAUUUAUAGUGCCUGGUUCACGGGCGAUGGGGCUUAUGCCACGGAAAGCGGGACUAGUAUGGCUGCGCCGCAUGUUGCCGGACUUGCCGUCUAUCUUAUGUCGCGCGAAGGAAUAACGGGCCCUACCGCGGUCAGGCAGCGGCUGUUGAAGCUGGCCACGACUGGAAAGGUGAAGGAUGGCGGCAAUGGGAGCCCAAACGUGAUCGCUUUCAAUGGAGGAGCCGACUCCUGGCAGUUUUAA